AUGGCGACUGUUCGUACUCUGAUUGUUGUUGCUUCCAUUUGCCAAUGGAGAAUGCCUCAUAUGGAUGUCAAGAAUGCUUUCUUGAAUGGUGAUCUUCAUGAAGAAGUUUAUAUGACGCCUCCUUCUGGUGUUGCACAUCAAUCAGGUGAGGUUUGCAAGCUUCGUAAAGAUCUUUACGGUCUUAAACAAGCACCACGUGCCUGGUUUGAGAAGUUUUUCACUAUGAUCACUUCGCUUGGCUUUCUUCCUAGUCACCAUGAUUCGGCAUUAUUUGUCAAGUGUACAAUGGCAUGUCGUAUUCUAUUAUCCUUGUAUGUUAAUGACAUGAUUAUUACUGGUGAUGAUUGUGAUGGAAUUAACUCUUUGAAGUCUGAGUUGGCACAUUGCUUUGCCAUGAAAAACCUAGGUAUGCUACAUUAUUUUUUGGGAAUUGAGGUUGCCUAUUCCUCGAAAGGCUAUCUUUUAUCUCAAUCAAAGUAUAUAGCUGAUAUGUUUGAGCAUGCUCGACUCACUGAUAGCUGGACCGUUGAUACUCCCCUUGAGACUAAUGCUAGAUACUCUCCGUCAGAUGGUACCCCUUUGGCAGAUUCCAGUCUUUAUCGUACUAUUGUUGGCAGCUUGGUUUAUCUUACUGUGACUCGCCCUGACAUUGAGCAUGUUGUUCAAGUGGUUAGUCAGUUUGUCAUUGCCCUUACUACAGUUUAUUGGGUUGUCGUGCUUCGUAUUCUUAGGUAUCUUUGGGGCACUCAAUUUCAGAGCCUCUUGUUUCCUUCUACGUCAUCGUUAGAGCUGCGUGUUUACUCUGAUACGGAUUGGGCUGGUGAUCCUACAGAUCACAAGUCGACUACUGGAUUUUGUAUUUUUCUCAGUGACUCACUUAUUUCGUGGAGGAGCAAGAAACAAUAUGUCAUCUCUCAAUCUUCUACAGAAGUUGAGUAUCUUUCCAUGGCCUCGACUACCUGUGAAAUUGUUUAG